UGCAGCGAGCCGCGCGGAGCAGGCUGACAGUUGAUUGAUUCACAUCUCCAGGCCAUUUCCAAGAGAACAGCACGAUGGAAAGCCUCAGGCCUCCUACUAAGGUCGAGGUAUCGAUAUAGCAGCAGAAGGGCUUGGCUGCACACGCUAGGUCAGUCGUCCGGCCUGGCCAUGCUCCAGGAACAGGUUUGUAUCUUCCAAGAGCUGGGAGACGAGGCUGAUCAUGAGUUCACCUUAGGACAAAGAAGCCUCACGAUAUGCAGUCUAGAGCAAAACGACGGAGCCACGUCAGGAACUUAUGCUGGUGCAUAUAGCAUGUCCUGUGAUAUUAGGUGCCAGGGACAAUGUAUCCGGGCAUGUGCGAUGACAGAGUGGGUUGUGGUGCAGCUGGAUUAUCCGGAGAGUCCAAUAGGAGGCUGGAGAUGGCAAUUGAGAUCCCAGUCUCCAUUAGAACGAACUCUAGUAUCACGACGUGUUCAUCCUAUGGACCUGGCUGAACCGCCAAUAGCAACAGCCUCCGGCCGGGUCCCACAUCACCGGCUGAGGCCCCGGCCCAGUCCCGGCAUCGCCAGGCCAGUCAGAGACCGUUCCAUUGUGCUGGUACUAGGCUUCUCUGCCUUUUGACUCCCUCACAGCCCCUUUCCAAGGUGCAUUGAUGACAUCCCUGGGCAUAGGGAGCCGGGUGGGUGGCUUCUCUUGUGGCGAGACAUGGAGUUUAUGGCAGACAGCCUUCCCUCCAAGCUCAUAGCCUCUCGUCCAAUGACAAGUGAGAAGCACGAGAUCUUUCCUGCCCUUACGAGGUUUUAUGCACGUUUAGUGUGUUCAUUCUACCUCAUAACCACCUUACAC